GGGGGUUUUCGUUGCGAGCGCGCUACUGCGGCGCGGCGCUGUCAGCCUGUCACCCACCCACUCCCCGAGUCCCCGGCCCCGGCCGUGACCGUGAGGGUAGCCUACUGGCUACUGUUCCGGAGUGGCCGCAUUACCCUCUUCCCAUCCCUCCCUCCUCCUACAAAAAGGAGACGAUGUGUCCGUGGCCAGUGGCCAUCACCAGUUUACCGCUCCACUCCCCAGUCCCCACUACCGCCGCCACCCCCAGAACACAAACCCCGCGCCCGGCCGUAGGGGAUAGAGAGCGGAAGGAAGGAGGCGAACAAGAGCAACCCACCGGCGGGGAUGCAGAUCUUCGUGAACGCAAUUACGGGGACCAUCACGCUGGAUGCCAAGAGCAGCGACACCAUCGCCAACAUCAAGGCCGUGGUCCAAGACAGGGAAGGCAUCCCGCUGGACUGGCAGCGGCUCAUCUUCGCAGGGAUGCAGCUGGAGGAUGACCGCACCCUGGCCGACUACUGCAUCCAGAAGGAGUCCACGCUGCACCUGCUGCCCCGCCUCCGCGGCGGCGGCAGGGGUGGCUACCCGCUCACCAGCGUCCCGUAGGACCUCAUCAACCUUGCCCGCAAGCACAACACAACGAGAGCAAGAUGAUCUGCCGCAAGUUCGUAUCGAGUCUCUAAUUCUCCUGGCUCUAUUGAUCUCUUAUGAAAAUGAUAUGAUUUGGUACAGUAUGUGUUGUGUGGUGCGUUGUCUUGUUUAAGAUCCGGGUAAGUGGUAACUGAACGUCGCCCAAGAGGUCGCUCUCUGUUUUCGUGUAUAUGGUCGUUGACUGCCCCCAAACGAAGUACAUGUAAUGAGAUUGAUGCAGUUACAUGUAUGAUUGUAUGAUAUGAUGAGUGCAAGAUGGAUCUCAAUACAUGCGCUUUGAUUCCGGCCUAUUUGUUUC